AUGCUAUCUACGGGGAAAAAGGUGGCCGUCAAGCAGAUGGAUCUUGCCCAUCAACCCAGGAAAGAAUUGAUUGUGAAUGAGAUUCUUGUCAUGAAAGAGUCUCAACAUCCCAAUAUCGUCAAUUUCCUUGAUGCUUAUCUUGUCAAAGGAAAUGAACUAUGGGUUGUUAUGGAAUAUAUGGAAGGAGGGGCACUCACCGACGUGAUUGAAAAUAAUUCGUUGCAGGAAGACCAAAUUGCUAGUAUCUCUCUUGAG